AUGCCUCGAAUAAAAAGUGUGAUAGUAUUAUUCGUUGCUUCUUUGACAGUAAUACAUGCACAAUCAAAUGUUGGCAUUGGCUCAAUUCAAACCAAUGUACCAUGGAAAGCAGGACAUGCUUCAGUAUAUGAAUAUCCUUAUGUGAUUGUUUAUGGGGGUUCCGAAGAUAUAACUGCCAGUAUGGCAUCACAACUGCUAGGAUCGACUGGACUAUGGGUUUGGGAUAUUCGUAACGGUUCAUGGUAUAAUCCAACCACGCAGAUACAAGGCGGGGUUACAAUGCUACCUCAAGUCUAUUUCAAAGCAACCAACUUACCUAGUCAAGGACAGAUUGCAGCACUAGUCAGUAAUACAAGCGGGGGAUUGGCGACGGGUAUUUUACAAAAAUUAGAUAUAAAUAGCUGGUCAUGGAGCUUUCCAACCACAAAUUAUCAAGCGUCUGCCAGAACAGUUGGUUAUUCAAUGACCACAAUCAACAAUACAAUCUAUACAUAUGGAGGUUUAUCAGUAGAUGCAAAUGGUUUCCCUAAUUCAAAUGCAGUACAAAAUACCUUGUCGCUGAUAGAUACCAAUAGUUUUCAAUGGUCGCCUGGUUCAAAUGGCUUAGGCUUAACGGGACAUUCAACAUGUUAUUUGAAAAAAGCAAAUUGUUUGGUUACAUUCGGUGGAACCUCCACUGGAAGCACAACUGAUGUGACGAAUGCUGUCAAUUUAUAUCGUUUAGACACAAAGGUAUGGGAUGUACAAGGAAUUACUACUGUAGCAGGAUCUGCAGCCCCAGGUGCUAGAAGACUUCACACCGCCAAUUGUCUAGAUGAUAUUAUGAUUGUUUAUGGAGGCGGAACCACACAGCCCGCUGAUAGCGAUGUUUGGAUUUUAAACGCUACAAAUUACCCCACUCUUGCCUGGCAAAGAAUGGAUAUCGCUAAUGCUUCUCAAGGUCCCAAUUUACGCAUGGGUCACUCAUCUGUUUAUGAUGAUGCAAAUAAAAAGAUCUAUAUGUACGGAGGUUGGGGUGUGAGUGCAACAAAUGAUUCAAACAUGUAUGUACUCGAUGUAUUAAAAUGGAGUUGGACACGUGUACCUACCACUGGAUAUCCGAUAGAUAUUAUACCUACAAUAAACACCACCAAUCCGGCAACCAAUGUUCCCGGUGGCAACAACAAUACACGUAAUAACGGUUCUAUGAGCACAGGCGCUAUUGUUGGUGCUGCUGUAGGCGCCGCAGUUGGCCUAUUAGCAAUUGCUGCCAUUAUUUUCUUCUUAAUUAGAAAAAGACGCAGAGAAAAAGAAUCGGUCAUGGGUGAUGGAUUUUCCGAAAACAUUCAACAUCACGAAUUAAAACAAGUACAACAAAAUGAUAAUCCAUAUUAUUAUAAUGCGGGUGGAUAUUACAAUACAAACGACGACGAGGAUGAUGAUGAUGAUGAAAAUCGUCACGAUCAAGGAUACUAUACAACCUCCACCAAUUACAAUAAUGUGGCUAAUCCCAGCAAUAAACGUACGUCGAAAGCAUGGACAGGAGGAAUGAGUACACAAACAUCAUUUGCCAGACGAUCUGAAAUAGGCGAUUCCGAUCAUGUUGUAACAGGGAUUCUGGAAGAAGUCAAUAAUCGAGAUGAUGGAACGGUUGGAGCUACACACGGUUCACGUAGUCCCCGUGAAUCUUUCCGGAAUUCUAAGGUCCUUCUAGUUACACCAACCACAGAAUACGUUGGUCAGGGACAAGUGCCAAACGAAAUCGUCUCACAAAAACCAAACCAAUUUUCUAUACCCGCCGCAAGAUUACAGCAACAAAAUCUUAUUCCCGUUGAUCAUCAUCGAGCUUCUAUGACCUUGUCUGAAGACGGAGCCCCAUUAAGCUCUUCUAUGGAG